GCUUCAUUUCUUGACUCCCUGGGAUGAAGUGGUAAAAAUAUUGAACAAACAGAGCCACCGCUCUGCAGAGUUUCUGGACUGAGGGGCUUGGGUAAAGCCCAUCGGGUGGCUAUUUAUUGGCUGUAUUGGGCUUUGGGCCUGGCUGCAAAUAUUGAAGUCAGUACAAUACUCUGUACUGGUACAUAUGUUUUUCAACCUUUUGCAGCUGAUGUUGAAUGGGGAGGGGGGUCUUCAGAAGGUUCAUUGUGAAGGAGAGCGUGAACAUGUUGUGGGGUGGGGAGAGAAACCCCCACAGGCUAUUGAAGUUGGAAAGCCUGGUAUUUUCCAAGGCAACAUCUUUUGAAUUAUGGAUCUACCCUUGGACAAUUGGAUUUCCCUGACUGCCUGCUGCUGCACGGAGUCUCUAGUGAGUAUGGAUCUGCCAUUUGAUUUUCAUCAGUCUCUGGACUCCAGCUCUUUGUAUUAAGUCCCAUGUUCGUGACUGUCAGACACUGCUAGUCAAGGAGCGAGGCAGCUUCCUACCUUUGUCACAAAUAUGGGUUUAAUGCCAGAAAAUGAGAAUUCUUGUGCUCCUCUAGGAACAGCUGUUAGCACCCACUCUGUGUGUGUGUGUGUGUGAGUGUGUGUGUGUGUGCGCGUGUGCACGUGCGCGCGCGCGGGGGGAGGUAACUGUCUGGCCAGGCAACAGGGAAUUAGGCCCCAUGUGAGCUGCAUAUAUGAACAGAGGAGUCACAUUGAGGAUUGAGUCCUAAACCUGACUUCUCUCCAUCUCUGAUUUGGGUUUAGGAACGUGGUUUAGGCAAAGAGUUUUACGCUGUUUAGGAAAUCUGGGCCACUGAUAAAUGUGAAAAAACAAAGCAAAUCAGGGCUUUAUUGGAAGAGGCAGAGCAUUAGUUUGACCCAGCUCCCCAGCACCUAUAGAUUGGGUGCUUCAGCGGGGCUUUUAGGUGCUUGCCCAGAAGAGGCAUCACAAUAGUUUGACCCAGCUCAUCCACCGUCUGUAUAGAUUGGAUCAUUCAGCGGGGCUUUUUGGCUCUUCUAUCUAAUAGCUCAUUGAAUCAAACUAACACAGUGCCUCUUUGGGGCAUGCGUUGCACUCUGUGCAGGGGCCUGCCAAGCUGAAAGUAAAGAGUUGUUUGGUUUUUUCCCCCACAUCUGUAGCCAGCCCAGUAGCUAGAAAUGGCCAGAAAUUUAACCAUGGAAACCCCUCUUCUCCCCUCUCCUUGUUUUGGAAAAUGCUGAUUUGUCAAAAUAAAUUGUUACCUGGAAAUAUGUCCAGUUUCUUCUGUUAUUUUGAAGACAAUGGAAGGGAGUGUUCUGAUGAUGUGUUUCGACUUUAUUUCAAUCUUUGGAACAAGAUGUUUUGAUCUCUCCUCCCCUCCCAUUUUGAAAGUGUUUCCAUUUUUUAAAUUUCUAUUUAACUCGCAUGAAAACGACAAUAGACUUCCUGUUUUUAUCACGCCAAAGCAUUUCCAGCUAAAUGUUGUUGUUGUUUUAGAUUGUGUUUCAUUGGACAUUUUGGAAGUUUUGUUCUGUUUUGGAAUACAGAAACAGAAAACAUUUUGUUUUGCAAAUUUUGAAACUCUGGAACGUCCUACAAAAUUUUUAAAAAAUCCAGGUCCCCUGGACACUUGUUAAUUCCUAGUGGAGAUUGUUACCAAAUCCCGCAGGCGGCUUUGGAAAUCUCAGAAUCUUUCAAGGAUUUGUUUAGUUUUCCUAGUUGCAAGUUAGGGUUGGAUUGAAUGCACUUCUGUUUAUGAACUAUUUUGUGAAGCAAGACAACAAGCCUGCAAGCUUUUUGGCGACCUGCAGGAUAACUUGAUUUGGCCUCUGCUUCCUGUAGAGAAGUCUCUGACCUAAAUGCUUUAUUGCAUUUAAAGAGAAUGGAGAGGAGACAGGCUCAAAGGGACAAUUUAGAAAGCUGGAGAGACUAAAUAAGUUUAAAUGGGGUGCAGGGGUGGGGUGCAGGGCCAGAUUGGGCCCACAGGCUGACCCCGUGUGCCAGAUCCAGCCUGCAGAAAGUUUUCAGCAUGUGCUCUGGCUCCAGCCCUGUGUGCUGUUUGCUGCACACACUGGCCUCUGACAAGCACAUAGCACCAGUCCAGGGCACGUGCUACACACAGUGCGUGGGGCCAGUCUGGGGCAUGCUCUACAUGUGGCAGCUGCAGCAGGCCAUGAGCCUGCACACUGAAUUAGUCACAUGGGGCCAGUCCAUGGGCUCGGUUGUGGAUGCCACAUGCAGUGGGUGGCUGAGCCCAGCCUUGCACGCUGCAUGAAGCAUGUGCCAGCUCCAGCUCAGCGUGGCAUGUGGUGCCUGCACCAAACUGGCCCUGCAUACAGUACUAGAUCCGAUCCAGCACAGUCUGUGGGCCUGAUCCAGACUGGCCCCAGAUUUAGUGUGCAGCGCCAGUCCGCCAUGGGUACUAUGUGCAGCGUACAGCCCAGACUGUCCCGCCAGAUGAGCUCUGCACACCACAUGCAGCACACGGGGCCUCGGCCAGCACGUGGUAGGCAGCGCUGCGGGCAGGAUGCGGCCCACGGGCCAUACCUUUGACAGCCAUUAAUUAGCUAUUCUUCUGCUCUUUGCCUUUGAAUCCGAGACCCUUCAAAGGGUGCUGUGCCGCAUCUGGUUACACCCACCACGCGACUGAGCCUGUUGGCACCCCCUGCCACGACGGUCCCUGGCUUUUCAGUGAUUGAAGCCACUGGCCCUUGCGCAGCACUGCCCUCGGACGCUGCUUCUCGCCCCUCGCUGGAGGUGGAGCCUGGGGCACUUCCUGGCAGAGCACAGAAACGUUCAAAAGAACGUGAACAUCCAUCUGGAUCCUGGCAGUGGGCAUCGAGCUGAGGUUCCCCAUCACUGGGCUGAUGCUGCCGUGGUCUCUGUCACGCCUGGCUGGGGAGUGGGACGUAGCAGGACGAGCCUUGUGACUGCAGCAGCUGGAAAAAGCCAAGACCUUAGGAAGCGGGAUCCCGGCUUGGUGCAGACCAACCUUGUUUGCCCUCCCCAGCCUUUCUGGGAUGCAACCGGGCGGCUCUCCAACUCCUGCUUCCAGCAGCAACGCAACCUCUGCUCCAGGCUGCAGCAGCGUGGCGAUGAGAACUUGAUCCAGGGCAAUCGCCGCCUCCCUGCAGUACUAUCACACCGCAGGAAUGCCCAACAGAGAUGUUCCCGCUUGAGUACUACUGGCCUAGAGGGGAGCUGCAGGGAUGCAAGUGCCUGCCUUCCAGCCAGGAGUCUGCAGGAGAGGGUUAGCUCCUGUGAGCUGUCCUGUGGGCGCUGCACCUGCUGGAACCCCCGAGCAGGAAGGAACCAGAGCCAGGAGCAGUGGACGGAAAAGCAGCAACACAGACUUCUUAUUGCUUGCAGUACAGGGCAUGGAAACCCAUCUGUAGCCAGUGCAGAUGGCCUGUCCCCUGCUGUAGCGUCUGUAGACCCCUCUGCCAGGUCCAAUCUCAGUUGCAGGCCAACGGUGUGUGCCUCUUCCCGAGGGAGCUCCAGUGCAAGUGUAGCCUCAUGUUGCCCUGGGCCUGGCCUCACCUUGGAGGAACUGAAUCCCCCCAGUCUGGCUGAGUCCUCUGCCCAUCCUCCAGCCCUUCGGUCUCUCCUGGAGUCUUCCCAGGUCUCUGCCAGCCUGCACUGUUCAAUCCAAAAGCUUAAGCAAGAGACUGCUGCAAUGGGGAUAUUGGGCUCCCUGCCUUUGGAGUCCAGGUCUUCUCCCGUCACGUGCAGGUUCUGCUUUGCUCCUGAUGUCUCUCCACCUGCCAUCCAGGGUGCAGAAGAGUAUCGUGCCAGAGGAAAGACGAGGGCUGCUCAGGCUAGGAUGAAAUGGGGCAGCCCGUUUGCUAAGGCCUGGGGUCUCGGUUCAGUGACAAGUGAGACUGAGCCGACCUCCAUCUAUCACAGGUACAGAACCACAGAGCUAUAUACCCAGAGAGCCAGCGUCUCUGAAGGAAUUUGGUCAGGGCCCCUCUCCGCUGAGGCUGGCCCAGUUGGUCUGGUUGAUACUGAAGCAGGCAGUCCCUACGACUGCUCUCCCUACCUUGGCUACGGAUCACAGGCAUGUGGCCAUGCAACCACUCAUUUCCCUGAGGAACCCCCAUUCAGAUCUCCCCCCUGCUCUGUGUCUCGGAAGAAGGACCUGCCACCCAGCCCGUACCCAGGAGGUCUGCAGGUGUCACUGGAGACACAGCGUGGCGGGGCUCAGAUGAACAUCGGUGUAGCCAUAGAUGGGACCCCGAAGGAAGUGUGUGUGAGAGUCACUUCUCCUCCUACAGAAACAGGGGCUGCUCCAGUCCAGCAGCUUUGCAUUCACUCUAGCAGUGAGGGAGCCUCUGCCCCUCACUGCAAAUACCACGGGGAGACGGCAGAGCUUUAUGAUACUGCAUUGGCUGCAGGCAAGAGACCAUCUGUGGUGAAUAGCAGGCUGUCUGCAGCCAGGUCCAGUCUUAGCCCUCUCAGUGUAACAGUCAGACGAGGCUGUAGCGAAUAUUCCUGGGCUGUCCCUGACGUUGAUGGUCUGGACACUGCCAGAGAGGGAGGAAGGAGAGAGCUCUCUAUCAUGGCUGUCUGCAUGCCUCCUGCUGAGAAGAGCACUGGGGACCUGCCACCCCAUGAAGUCAGCUGCCAGGUGCAGCAUGUUGCACCAGCCUGGAUCCCAGGAAGUGACUUCUUGGCUUUGGAGAUGGAGAGCAGUGCUCAGCUCCCAGGCAAUCAGCAGCUGCUGAGCAGAUGUCUCCAGGCCUGGAGUAGCCAUGUCCUUGAGAAGACAACCGCCGCCAAGAAGCUGUACAAACAGCAGCUGCUCCGCAAGGGGCUGGCAGCCUUGCAGUGGGCUGUACAGCUAAGGAAGACUCAGCUGGAGACCGCCCAGCAGAGAUACACCCUGUCCAUGCUGGCUGGCAGUUUCCACAGGUGGAAAAAGGCAAUGGCAAAGCAGAGCAGAAGAGGAACUUCCCAGAGUGAGCUAAGCCUUCAGACCAGAGAUCUGCCCGUUGGCAGUGUUGGGUGCGGCCGAAGUCCAGCUGGAACAGCCCUGACCGAAUGCCAGCUGGGCACAGGGCCCUUGAGAGAGGCUGCACUGAGCAGUGGGGUGGAGAGAGAGCUGUGGAAACGACUCCAUCGCCGGCAGAGGGCUCAUGACCUGGGGCGGAGGGCACAGGCCAUCGGGGACCUGAGGCGCCUGGCUGCAGCUUUCCAACUGUGGUGCCUGCAGAAGGAGCUGCUGGGCAGAGAGGAGGCCAGAGCAAGCCAAGCUUGUGCCCUCCUAGAGAGAAAGCGGCUCCAGAGCAUCUUCCAGGCAUGGCGUUCCCGGAGCCAGGAGGCAGUGCGGGUUUGGUCGCUGGUGACUCAGCUCCAAAGAAAACAGACAGCUCGGUGUUUCCGUGCAUGGAAGCAACUUGUUGAGCAGAAGACACUUUGCAAACGCAGUCUGGAACGGCACAGGACAGCAUCAUUGAGGAAAUCCUUCCAGCAGUGGGUUCUUAUACUGCAGCUCAGGGAGGCACACAAGCUGACAACCAUGGACCUGUUUCUCCUGAGACAGAGGCGAUACUACGGUCAAGGACCCAGCUCAGCUGCCAGAGGGCCUGCAGUGGAGGAUGACCACCCUCUGCCAAGCCUGACCGUCCUGAGAUGGUCCCUUAGGGUAGGAGGUGGCUCUCUGGAUGACCAUUGCCAGAGAGUGAAGCUUCAGAGGAUAUUCCUGAGAUGGAGAACAAGGCUCCAUGAGCAACAGCAAGCCAAAGCCUUCUCCCGGGCAUCAGAGCAGCGCCGGCUGCGGGAGGCCUUGAGGCACUGGCACCACAGGGCUCUGCAGCUGGAUCCACUGAGCCACCAGCCCAGGGGCCCUCCUGCCUGGCUGGAUUCAGAGGAGUCCUCGGCAUCAUCCGGCUUCCACAGCAGCACGCCAGCCCCUCCUGUCUUCUGGAGCUCCCUGGAUAGGGACAGCCGCCAAAACAGCAGCUGUUCCAUGCUGGCCAUUGAAGAUGGCCCCUGCCUGCUCCAGCACAGCUCGACUCUGCAGCAGCCCCUCUGUACACCGGGGCCAGGCGAGCUGUGUGGAGAGCUCUACUUCCAGGCAUCCUUUCUCCCCCAGAUCCCCUCAGGCAGGGGCAGCUGGUUCAUUGGAAGUCACCUCCAAUCUUUGGGGCAGUGCAGCCCAGACAGCGAGGGCCAGUCGCUCUGCAGCUCCUCGGCGUGGGAGGAAACGGGGCUGCAGACCAAUGCAUGGCAGGCAUACAGCUCUGCAGAGGAGCUGGACCGUCUCGGCAUCUCCUUUGGGCACCACAUGGCACGGCGGCUCCUGCAGCAAUGCUUUUCAGCCUGGGCAGCCCAGACAAAGAGGCUCCUUGAGAUGCAACAACACCAUCAGCACAGCCAGCUGGCCCGAGUAUUCCUCGGCUGGCACAUAUGGGUUGUGGAAGAUAAGAGGCGGAAAGACGCGGCGUCCCGACAGUACCGUCUGCAUCGCUAUCAGACUGCCCUCACCCUGUGGAAGCAGAGGCUGAGCCAGAGGGUGGAGGCGGACAGAAGAUACAUACGCCAGCUUCACCAAAAGGCCACGGAUGCCCUGCGGCACUGGCACAAGUGUUGGCAGAGGCAGAGCACCCUACGGGGGCUGCAGCAGCAGUGGGCUCAGCACAGCGCCCGCGUGAGGAAGAGGAUGGUCCUAGACAUGUGGCGCUGCCAGGCUGGGCAGUGGAGAGAUGCCGCCUCGUGCUGGUUGCAGAUCCUCCUCCGCAGGUGCCUUGUGGCUUGGUGGCAGGUCACACUGGCCAGAAGCAAGCAGCGUGAGGCGUGCUCCGAGUUUGAGGGCACCAGACAGCGGCACCUCUUAGCCCUGUGCUUUGUGCAGUGGAGGACAGAGCUCCUGAGAGCCAAGCAGGGAGAGGGGGCCUGCCCGCAGCAGAGCACGGUACCAGCAAGAGCUUUUCGGCGCUGGAGGGGGGCCACGAGGGGACGCCAAGUGCUGCACUUGGACUCCGUGGCCAGGGUGAAGCAGGCCUGCAACUACUGGACGAAAGCAGCUGUCUUGUCCCAGUGCUGCUGGCAGCGGAGCGCCCCGCUGGGUACCCGGAAGUGCCGGAAGAUGCUGCUGUCUUGGUCCACGAAGCAGAGACCAGGAAGGGACAGGGAUCUUUCAUCCACCUGCUGCUGGCUGCUCCUGAGCUCCUGCCGCCGCUGGCUGGUGAUCUACAGGAACUCAAGCAGGGCAGAGAGGCUGCCUACCCACCCACUUUUGGAGAGGCCUGGUUUGGCAGACGGAGACUCCCCUCAAUAUGUGUGGACCCCAGAAAGCAGCUUGGAGCUCCUACCAGUUGAUCGAGACAGCAGGGAACUGGGGGCCAGGUACUGGCGUCGGUGGUGCCUGGCUGUGCUGCUCCGGCGGUGCCAGAAGGACAGGCAAGCACACUGCCUGGCCAGGGCCUGGCUGCAGUGGAAGGAUGUCAGCAGGGCAGCACUGCUGGGGCGAUCGCUGGCCUGGCAGCGGCUGAUGGAGCAGGGCUGGAAGACAUGGCGGAGACGCUACCUGCAGCACUAUGUGUCCCAGCGCUUUCUGGAAGACGAAGCCCAGAGCCUGCUGUCCCGGGCCUUUGGAAGAUGGCGCAAGCUGGCAGCAUCCCAGUGCCAAGGCAGAGGACACCGCUGAGCUGCCAGGAGAGCUGCCUGGACUUACCUCAUGUCCUGGACAUGUGAGGAUACAGCCAGGCACAGGGACCAAGAGGUGGUCCCUUCCAUGUGCUUCCCAGGGGCACUACCUCCCAGCCUGGGUAGCCAGGUGCUGCCAGGCCCUGCAAAACCCUGCUUCCUUGCUGCCUGGCUUCAGGACUCCGUCCUUGUCUUUGCACGUAGGGCAGGGCCAAGACGUUCCAAUCCAAUUAAAGGGUAAACCACA